CCCGCCCCGCCCGCCCUCUCGGCCGCGCCCGCCCAGCUCGAGGCCCUCCACCCGGCGCCCGCUCAUGCUCUCGGCCACCAGGAGGGUCCGCCGGCUGUGCCACGGCCUGGUCCCCGCCGCCAGAAUGGGCGACUCCGCCUCCACCAUGCCGCGUCCCCAGGAGGCCCUGCCGGGCCGAAUCGAGCCAGUGGCCGUGGCGGCCAAACAUCAUGUCAACGGCAACAGCACAGUUGAACCUUUCCCAGAGGGGAUGCAGAUGGCUGUAUUUGGAAUGGGCUGUUUCUGGGGAGCUGAAAGAAAGUUCUGGAACUUGAAAGGAGUCUAUUCAACUCAAGUUGGCUAUGCGGGAGGCUACACUGCCAAUCCAAUGUAUAAAGAAGUCUGCUCAGGAAGAACCGGCCAUGCUGAGGUAGUCCGCGUGGUGUACCAGCCCGAGCGCAUCAGCUUCGAGGAACUGCUUAAGGUCUUCUGGGAGAACCAUGAUCCCACCCAAGGCAAUCGCCAAGGCAAUGACCACGGCACCCAGUACCGCUCCGCCAUCUACCCGACAUCAGGCCAGCAGCUGGAGACUGCCCUGAAGACCAAGGAGGCCUAUCAGAAGGUGCUGUCGGAGCAGGGCUAUGGCCAGAUCACUACGGACAUCCGGGAGGGCCAGGCCUUCUACUACGCGGAGGACUACCACCAGCAGUACCUGAGCAAGGUGCCCGAUGGCUACUGCGGGCUUGGGGGCACCGGCGUGGCCUGCCCCAUGGGUGUCAGGAAGUGACCUCCAAGCCAGCCCCCCUCGAGGUCGGGAUGCAAUUCCUGCGCUGGAGCAGUUCUGGGAUUGUCCAGAGCUCCUUUCCAUCCAUCUGCCCAUCUGUCUAUCCAUCACUCAUCCAUAUACCCAUCCAUUUGUCCAUCUGUCUGUCCAUCCGUCCAUCCAUCCAUCUGUCCAUUCAUCCAUCCAUCUGUCCAUUCAUCUGUCCAUUCAUCCGUCCAUCCAUCCAUCCAUCCAUCCUCACAGCCUACUUUGUCAAUACUCAAUGGCAUGUGAUUGAUCUCUAAUGGGUGCAGGGCUGUGGACUCUCGGAGUGCGGGUGGAAUAGGGGUGACCUGAUGUGCUGCUCACCUUUCCUAGUCCUGAUGCCAGCUAUGGAGGAGCUCAGGGCAGAGCUGGGAGAUUUGGGGUAGGGAGGGGGUGUUGGGAAUCCUCCCUCCACUCCUACUCCGGCUACAGUGCUCCCUAGAGUCCCUCCUUACCCACUCCCAGUGCCUUAACCGCAGUUGCCCUAGGAAUUUGUCCCUGAGUCUAAUAAAGUUUAGCUGCCC